AUGGGCGUGUUCGGAAGCUUGACGCGAAGGACCGGGCUGGGUGCUCGCACAACGGUCGGAACGACCGGCUUCACCCGAGGCAAGGUCUCCGCAAACCAAGGCAAGGGUCGGCUUACCCCCAAGAUGACGCCCCGAGGAUGGUACAAGGGCGUUGGCUGCCGCUCUCUCGGCUUCCACACCAAGAAAGGCACGGUAGUGCCGGCCAAGGUGCCCGUCUACGUUAUUCCUGAUCUCACCGACUGCCCUUUGAAGCCCUACGUGAGCUGGUCGACCAAGCGCGUGGUGGUGCAGCCCCUCCGCCUGCCCAGCGAUAAGGAGCUCGCGCAGCUCGAGUAG